AUGGCAGAAUCAUCCGCCAAAAAAGAUUCAGGGUCGAAACAGCAACCGUCAUCAGAGACCGAGAGUUUUUUAUACUCGCCACUUCCAAAUUAUAUAAACAAGUCGGAUCAACAAUCGACAUCAUCAUCACCAUUAUCCAAUAAAGACUUUAUAAAGACCUUCGUUACUGAUGCAGUGGCUUCAAGAGCAAAAGACCCUGAGCGGGUAUACUCGGGGAAAAUCAAGGACAAAUCGUCAUUACUGCUCGACAAUCCGCCAAAAGCAUCACGUGAGACACGAGAAAAACGAGAACUGAAACGACGCGCAAUCAUCAAGGGGAAAUCAAUGACUGCAAAAGAAAAAAGGCAAUUGAAAAUUUACGAGCUGCCGAAAGAGGCGUGUAAGUAUGAGUAUUUUGAACAGCUGAACGCACUUUGGAUGGGAUAUAUGGAAGAGUUGUGGGGUCCACCGGGGUCUAAGGAAAGUGCGCUUGCGCCGAAGCUCCUUAAGGCGGAUUUUCAUGGAGCGAAACUUACCGUGACCAAAUCAAAAUGUCCCUCUUAUAUUGGCGUUUCUGGUAUUUGUAUUCAAGAGACCGAGAAUACAUUCAUAUUGAUUACGCGAAAAAAUAUCUGCAAAAGGAUCCCUAAAGCCAAAUCUAUAUUCACAUUCGAAUUACGCGACGCUCAAUUCCUAAUUCACGGAGAUCAGUUCGCGUAUCGAGCAUCGGCACGUGCGAGUAAAAAGUUUAAGAAUAAGCCGACAGUUGAUAUUAAUUAA